UCAGUGCCGCCAGUGCCAAACUACAAGCUCUCCAUGUCGAUCCCAGAAUGGCUCCAGGCAAUACAGACCUACAUGAAGAUGCUGCAAUACAAUCACACGGGAACACAGUUCUUUGAGAUUAGAAAAACCAGACCUCUAAGUGGGUUAAUGGAGACAGCAAAAGAAAUGACCAGGGAGUCCUUACCUAUCAAAUGCCUUGAAGCAGUUAUCCUGGGGAUAUACUUAACAAAUGGACAGCCCUCCGUGGAACGAUUCCCCAUCAGCUUUAAAACCCACUUCUCAGGGAACUAUUUUCAUCAUGUGGUGCUUGGGAUUUACUGCAACGGCCGGUACGGGUCGCUGGGCAUGAGCCGACGAUCAGACCUGAUGGACAAACCUCUAACGUACCGAACUCUGAGCGACCUCAUCUUUGAAUUUGAAGACUCCUAUAAAAAGUACUUGCAUUCAGUCAAAAAAGUAAAAAUCGGAUUAUACGUCCCGCACGAGCCGCACAGCUUCCAGCCCAUCGUGUGGAAGCAGCUGGUCCUCAAUGUGUCCAAAAUGAUGCGCACAGAAGUCAGGAAGGAGCUGGAGAAGUUUGCCAGGGACAUGAGGAUGAAGAUUCUGAAACCCUCAAGUGCCCAUUCUCCAAUGAAAGAGAGGUCACGGGGUAAGUCGCUGUCCCCUCGCCGAAGACAAGCCAGCCCUCAGAGGCGCACAUGCAGAAGAGACAAGUCGCCUGCGGUGGUGGACAAGAAAGGAGACCUGGCUACACUCAAUGAGGUAGGCUACCAGCUCCGCAUCUAACCAAGCCAUAUGCUGGACAGAGGGCUUCUCUGGUGCUUCCUGCUGCACUUUACCUGCACUCCGUUGGAAGGAAAAAGGAAUGGGACUAUUUAUUAACUUGUGGACUCUUAUAAUCAAGUUUUUACUUAGAAAAAUAGAGGGGGGAUUUUUUUUUUAUCUGGUGGCAGUAUUUAUUUUCUUUCAAUUAACAGAAAAGGCAUCAGUGAAGGGAACC